AUGCUCACUAACGUAGUGGAGUUUGAAUUUUUUGAAAAUAACCUAUCAGACACCAUUCCUAGUUCUUUAACAAAUCUUUCAAAGUUUAAUCGAUUAGAUUUAUCUAUAAACCAGAUUCGAGGAAAUAUUCCAUGGGAAAUUGGAACCAGGCUCCCCAAUUUGGAAUACCUUAGUUUAUGGAGAAAUCAGCUUAGUGGAAACAUCCCAAGCUCCUUGGGAAAUUGUUCCCGUCUCGAAGUACUACUUUUAAAUACAAACCAGCUCGGUGGAACGGUUCCAAUAGAGCUAGGUAAGUUGAACUUUCUCACCAAUCUUUACCUACACACCAAUCAACUUGUUAGUGAUAGCAGUAAGAGUUUGGGCUUUCUCACUGCUCUCACAAAUUCCUCCCGCUUGCAAGAAAUAUAUAUAGGAAAUAAUCGAUUCACUGGUAAAUUGCCUCCAUCCAUAGGCCAACUGUCUUCCAAUCUCAAUAAGCUGAGUUUAUCAGGAAACAUGGUAAGCGGGAAUAUACCAGAACAGAUUGUCAAUCUGACAAACUUAACCUUCUUAGAUUUAGCCAACAAUAUUUUCAGCGGCAAUAUUCCUUGUGGAAUUAAAAGACUCCAUUUGUUGGAAGUAUUGUAUUUGCCUAGGAACAAUUUAGAAGGAACCAUUCCAAGUGAGAUAGGUCAAAUGCAACAUCUAGGACUAUUAUCUCUUCAUCACAAUCAGUUAUCUGGAAAAAUAGCAGAUUCUCUUUGUCACUCCCAGCAGUUGAGACGUCUCUUUCUCCACCACAACAAGUUAUCAGGGGAGAUCCCCGUUAGUUUGGAGGGAUGUCAGAAGUUGGAGCUCCUCGACUUAUCCUACAAAAAACUAGGGGGCACGAUACCUGGUGAAGUCAUUGCCAGCCUUAAAAAUCUGGCAUUCUACCUCAAUCUUUCAUGGAAUUCUCUGGAAGGGUCUUUGCCACGAGAGAUGAGUAAAAUUGUAAUGGCUCAAGCCAUAGAUAUCUCUGGAAAUCAACUAAGUGGGGUCAUUCCAAAAUCUCUAGGAGACUGCACAGCAUUAGAGCGUCUAAAUCUGUCCCACAACACCUUUGUAGGUCCAAUACCAAAUUCACUCUCCAAAUUAAAAAAUCUCCAAGAAAUGGAUCUUUCUUUCAAUAAUUUGUCAGGGAAGAUUGCAGAAGUAGGAUUGUUUCCAAAUAGAACUGUUGUAAUAUUGUUUAUGGGAAACCCCGGCCUAUGUUUGGUUCUUGAAUUUGCAUGUAAUGGGAGCUUGGAAAGACAUUUGCACCCUGACAGGGAUGAUGAUGAAGGCUUUUGUAAAUUCGGAUUGAGUGAGUGUUUAAGCAUUGCUGUAGAUGUAGCCCAUGGCUUGGAAUAUUUACAUCAUGAUUGUCCUCUGCAAAUUGUACAUCAUGAUUGUCCUCUGCAAAUUGUACACUGUGACUUAAGACCUAGCAAUGUGCUCUUGGAUGCCAACAUGACAGCCCUUGUCAAUGAUUUUGGUAUUUCCCGUUUAACUACAAAAAAUUCCAUGGAUUCACUCAGUACAACAACAUUUGCACUUAAAGGAUCUAUUGGAUAUAUUGCUCCAGAAUAUGGACUGGGUGGAAAUGCCUCUAUUAAGGGAGAUGUUUAUAGCUGUGGAAUUCUGAUAUUAGAGAUGGUUACAAGGAAGAGGCCAAGUGAUGACAUGUUUGUGGGAGACAUGACCUUGCAAAAGUGGGUGAGCUCAGCUUUCCCAAACAGACUGGCAGAAAUUGUUGAUAGCGGGCUGAUAGUGGGUGAAAACAUGGAAGACAACAAUUAUCUAAUUUCUUUGAUUCAUGUUGGUUUGCUUUGUAGUAGUGAAUCACCUAGAGAAAGACCUUCCAUAAGAGAUGUAUGCAAUGCCUUGGAGAGCCUCAAGACAUCUUUGGUGGGAGGUGCAGCUGGUUCCAAUUUUACAGCCACCAUAUCAGAACUCCUGGAGAAUACCAAUCCCACAAGAACAUUGGCAUCUGACAGUCAAAGUUCCUCGUUCUAG